CUGCAGACAUGGAUCAAGAUUUGGCCAUUUAUGAUUAAUCCUCAUUUUUCCGACACUCUUUGAAAGCAGCAUAGCAGAAUUCACAUCACUGUGAGCGCUGUGUUCAGGUCGGAUCCGCUGUUUCCACAUCCCGGGCCAUCUCCGGUGAGGUCAUCGCAAAAGGUGGGCGGCAGUGGGCGGGGCCACCGCAGCUCGGGUCCAAAGCCUGGCUCCGAUUUGCAUGAGAGGGAGUGAAAGUUUAGAGAGAAGGAGAAGAAACAGCUGACUUUGGGCUUUGGUCUGAACACGCUGGGCUGCAUACAGCUUGUUACUGCAGCCUGCAGGAGCUCUCGGUUUCACAGAGGACUGUCCUGAGCAGCGACAAGAAAAUACCAACCAAAAUGCUGGCCACCCAGUAUCUGCCCUGCUGCACUGUCAUUCUGUUACUGCUAUUAAAGCAGACCCUUGCCCAGUAUGAGCACCUUGGCUACCCACCGGGCUACCCAGACCCAGAGCAGGAACAAUACACCCCCCCACAGCUGACACCUGACACGCCCAGGAUUCAGCUCCGAUUGGCAGGAGAUAAGAGGAAACACAACGAGGGCCGCGUCGAGGUUUUCUACAACGGCGAGUGGGGAACUGUCUGUGAUGACGACUUCACUAUCCACGCCGCUCAGGUGGUGUGUCGGGAGCUGGGCUACCUGGAAGCCAUCUCAUGGUUUCCAUCCUCGAAAUAUGGGAAAGGACAAGGACCCAUCUGGUUCGACAAUCUCCACUGCACCGGCAAAGAAAAGACCUUGGCGCUGUGUCCGUCCAACGGGAUUGGUGUUUCAGACUGCAAACACACUGAAGACGUAGGCGUGGUGUGCAGCGACAAGAGGAUACCAGGAUUUAAAUUUGUCAACACCCUGCCCAACCAUGUAGAGAACCUCGAUAUUCAGGUGGAGGAUGCGCGCAUACGACCCAUCCUGUCAUCAUACCGUAAGCGGAUCCCUGUAACAGAGGGCUAUGUGGAGGUCAAGGAUGGUGGUAAAUGGAAGCAGAUCUGUAACACUGAGUGGACCCAGUUUAACAGCAGAGUCAUCUGUGGCAUGUUUGGCUUCCCCGGGGAGAGGAAGUACAACACCAGAGUCUACAAAAUGUUUGCUCGCAGGAGAAAGCCCACAUAUUGGGACUUCUCUGUCAACUGCACAGGCAAUGAAGCCCAUUUGUCCAGCUGUAAACUUGGCCAGGCUACAUCACUGAAGUCCAACGGCACCUGUGUUGAAGGUUUGCCCGUGGUGGUGAGCUGCGUGCCUGGCAGAGCCUUCGCCCCGACGCCCAUGGCUGGAUUCAGGAAGGCCUUCAGACAAGAGCAACCGUUGGUUCGUCUGCGUGGUGGGGCCAUCGUAGGCGAGGGCCGAGUGGAGGUGUUGAAAAAUGGAGAGUGGGGCACCAUAUGUGAUGAUAACUGGAACCUGCUGUCUGCCACCGUGGUGUGUCGAGAGCUGGGCUUCGGUACGGCCAAGGAGGCCCUGUCUGGAGGUCGCCUGGGACAAGGCAUGGGCCCAGUGCACAUGAACGAGGUGGAGUGCUCAGGAUUUGAGAAGUCCAUUACAGAGUGCUUCUUCAACAAGGAGGCUCUGGGUUGCAGCCAUGAGGAGGAUGCCGCCGUCAGGUGUAACGUCCCUGCUAUGGGCUUCCAGGAGAGGCUGCGUCUGAGUGGAGGUCGUAACCCCUACGAGGGCCGUGUGGAGGUGCUGGUGGAGAGGAACGGCUCUCUGGUGUGGGGGACGGUGUGCAGUGAAGGCUGGGGAACCAUGGAGGCCAUGGUGGUCUGCAGACAGCUGGGCCUGGGCUUCGCCAGCAACGCUUUCCAGGAGACAUGGUAUUGGGCUGGUGAGGUGAGCGCAGACGGUGUGGUGAUGAGUGGAGUUCGCUGCUCUGGUACUGAGAUGUCUCUGUCCCACUGCCUGCACCACGGGGCCCACCUCAGCUGCCCGAAAGGAGGGGGACGCAAUGCUGCUGGAGUCUCCUGCUCUGAGACGGCUCCUGACCUGGUGUUGAACCCUCAGGUGGUGGAGCAGACCACCUACAUGGAGGACAGGCCCAUGUUCAUGCUGCAGUGCGCAUACGAGGAGAACUGUCUGGCCACCACCUCCACCCAGGUCCCAGCCAACUCCUACCGCCGCCUGCUACGAUUUUCCUCCCAGAUCCACAAUAACGGCCAGUCUGACUUCAGGCCGAAAGCUAGCAGACACUCCUGGGUGUGGCACGAGUGUCACAGGCAUUAUCACAGCAUGGAGGUGUUUACCCUCUAUGACCUGUUUAGCCUCAAUGGAACCAAAGUGGCAGAAGGACAUAAAGCAAGUUUUUGCCUGGAGGACUCGGAGUGUGAUGAAGGUAUUGAAAAAAGGUACGAGUGUGCUAACUUUGGAGAGCAGGGUAUCACUGUGGGCUGCUGGGAUACCUACAGGCACGAUAUCGACUGCCAGUGGGUCGACAUAACUGACGUCAAACCCGGAGAUUACAUUUUCCAGAUAAUAAUUAAUCCCAACUAUGAAGUGCCAGAGUCAGACUACACCAAUAACAUCAUGAAGUGCAGAUGUCGAUAUGAUGGCCAUCGUGUGUGGAUGUACAGCUGCCAUAAUGGUGGCUCCUUAAGCACUGAAACAGAACAGACAUUCCCAGGCCUCAUCAACAACCAGGUGACCCACAGGUAAAGACAAAGCAGAGGACAGGAGUCGACUGGCAGUUGCCUCCAGCAGGGAAGACCGUCUGAAGUCCGACAACCACUACAGAGCUCCAUCAGGGGUGGAUUCUUCCUGCUAGCCCUGCCCCGGUCAAGCUAUCUUUUUAUGUUCCUUUCAUCCAUGUGGCAGCAGCUUUCUUUGACCCUCCUCCCUCCCUUUUCUCUCAGUAGAAAGAAUAUUUGAUUUCCCCUCCUGUCCAAACAGAGGCAGCUGCAGCCUCACCAACACUUCCAAGAUCAGGAGGCAACGGCAAAGCUCUCUGUAUGCCCUGUGUUCUUUUUUUUUCUUUUUUCUUUUUUUUUUUGAAUGGGUGAUGAAAUAACCCUUCUGGGGGAAGUGGCAGGUACAUUACAUCAUUGGGAAGUGUCAUCAAGAAUGUGCUUUCUUUUGAAGUGCAGUGCAGCACUUUAAACAGUACCCUGCUGCAGUGUGUUUCUGUUCAGAGCUCAGCCCGGAGAGUUUGGAUGUCUAUGGACUGCGAGGAGUCAUGGAUAACAACAGCAGUGGUCUGUGUUUGGAAAUAAACGUGGUAUUCUUCCACUUUUCAACAGUCUCAUAAAGUGCCUGCCUUUUACACACUGAAGUCCACAUACACUGAGGUUAUGUUACACAGUCAAAAUGAACAUUGCUUUUGCAUGUGAGUUAUUUAAGCUGAAGGUGCAGUCUUCACUGAGGAGUUUAUGCAAGUGAAGCUGUGCCACAAUAACGUCUUCAAAAAGCAAACAGGCUGUUCAUCACCUGUAACAAGUGCUACUUGCUUGGUUCAGCUGUAAGGCUAUUCUACCAUGGCUAGAAAUGCUAAACAUGCUAAAGUGCCUUAAAGUGCCACAAAGCCUUUUUUUUUUUUUUUUUUUUUUUUUUUUAAUUAAUAAUUGGGGCAUUUACUCUCUGAUCUGCUCUGCAAACUACAUUGACAAGACUGGAGUCUUUAUAUAAAGUCUGAAGUUCACAUUUUAAAGAGCAGAUGCAUUUGGGUGAGGUGGUGAUGAAUAGCGAUUUGGGAGCAGUUUAAGUUUGUCCAAGAAUAAAAUCGCGUGAGCAAAGAGGUUUUCUUUUUUUACAAGCACUGUCAGAUAGACUUUCAGUUCCUGUAAACAGUGAAAAGCAAAAUAUUCAGAUUCACACUUGGGUCAUUUUUUUGCCACUUUCCCAUUGGUCACUUGGGGAAAGAUCAGCUUACAGACAUUGUCUCACUCUUUUGAUAUAUUCACAACUCUUUCCUCUUUAUUAAAUGUAGCAACAUUUUGUUUUUGAAGCUAAUAUGGGACCUCAUGUUUCUUUUGUCCUUGUUCAGUCCUGUUACAAAAUGUCCAUACUCUGAACUUACCAUCCUUUAAGAGCAGCUUAACAUCCUCUAAAAAGAUAUAUUUUUUCUUACCUCCAGUGGUUUAACAUUUGAUCUUGCUGCAGUGGUGUAGAACUGUACUACAGGGUGUAUCAGUACACUGUAACGUCACUGUGGGUGUGGUUACUGGUGCAACAGGAUGCGUGGCUUACUGUACAUGCAUGUUAGUGUUUCCACUUCUGGCCCCACAUGCAUGUUCCCGCUCAGCCCAGAGACUUUACAUUGUCAUGGCACCACACAAAUAAAGCUCACUUUUCUAUGCUCUGGGAAACUUUUACAAAUAAAUUGGAAGAGUGAACACCAACCUUAUUUGCAGUUCAGGGUAUCUUGCCAACAGUGUCACAGAUGUCUCUUUUAUAAUGGUGGUCUAUGGGAAGGCAUUUUUUUCGGCUGCAAGGGAUUGUUUUUGUUGUAAUACCGUGAGUGGACACUGGGGUAAACUUUCAGCGAAACCGAGUGGAGGCACCAGCCACGGACAGAACACACCUCUGACGUCACCCAAACAAAUGUUAAACAGACUGAAACUGUCAGCCACAGAGGGCAGUGAAACACUGCUUUUCAACUUACUCUUCAAACAUAAUCCUUUUAAUUAGUCCAGCAUUUUUUUUUCUGUGUGGUUUCUUUUAACAAGUCUCAUCAGAGCUAGUGCCUUAUAAUUUCCCAAAAUAACUGUGCUUGAAUGUCUGACUACAUCAUUCUCAAAUGAGACUCAGAGUAAAUGGCAGAUUUGUUCUAAAGUAUUACUUUGUCCAUUUAAAAUUAAAUUGCAUGCUCUGUAGCAUCCCUGCCUGUGCCGUUGGUUAAGCAUUGGUUUCUGUAUAUGUAGAAUUUCUUCACACAUAGCAGUGUAAACUAUAAUGCCACGGUCACACCAGCGUUUAGAAUGGCAGAAUUUGGUGGUGAUUUUGACACAUUCCAAUUGAAUUAUCGUAGCCAAUUAGUGGAUUUGAUCACAGAGUCAAAGUAAAUCCAUGGGAAUUGAACUUUGAACUUUGACCCAUGAAUAUGUGCUGUUGAAUAGUAGCAAGCAGUCUUGAUGGUGCUGACCUUUGAAGGGGCAGAGAGAGUCCAAAAAGAAGCAAAGUGAUCAGCGGUGUGUCACCACUCACUCUUAUUUAACAGGCCUUUGUCAGAGCAUCAACUGCAGUUAUGAGACCGAAACCAAUGGUGCAAAUGUAUUUUUAGAAUAAACUGUCAACUUAUUGUAUCAUUAGCGACUGAGCAAAGCUUGAGUAGUCACUACAUCACCAAGUUUCUGAAACCAGAUGUUUUCGGGCUAAUGUUAUUUCUGACUAAUGUUUUCUUCAUACUGUAUUAACAUGGACCUUAGCUUAGCUGCAUGAGCUACCGAGCACCAGGGCAGCCUCUUUCAGGGUAGAUAGCAACAUAAGACAUUGUACAGUUUAAAAUCUUACCAUCACCACUGAUAACAAAAUGCUGUCUGUCUUUAGCAAGUUUUUUUUACAUUUGUGUCCAAGCCCCUGCCAGCUCAGCUGUCAAUCAAACAUGGACAGCAGCACGCCCAUUCAGAGCAUUUCAGAUGUUUCUACUAAGAGCCUUCUUUCUUUUAAUAAUCAUAAAAAAGUGAUAUGUUUAAAAAAUCCCUUUGAUUGCUUUAUGACACUUCAGUCUACAUGUUGCUGCUCUGUGUCUUAGUCUUCCACAGCCAGCGGCUCUGUGAUGGCUCCACAUGUUCACGUAGAACCGUCAGAGAGCUCCACCUGCUUUCAAAGACAGGAAAGGUCUCAGCCAUUUCCUCUCUCUGCUUUAUAUGUUGUCUUUACAAGUAUCUGCAAUAGCCUUUUUCUCAUGUUUAGACAGAUUUUAUUCUCACUAUUUGAAAAAAAACCCAACGCAUUGGAGACUUACUGUCAUUGAAGUUAGGUUUUUACGGUUUUACUCCUCUGACAUUUGUACUAUAAUGUGUGUGAAUCCUAUUUUAUUGUACAUGUUAUCAUGGUGCUAUCAAACUGGCCCUCUGUUUUCUGAGGGCACAGUACAUGUUGAACAGCUACAUUAUGUAUACUAACAGUAUACUUGAACUGAGCGUAAGAAACAAUGUGCUUUGUGUGUUCAACUAUAAUAAAGGUCAGAGUUACGGA